AUGGCCUCUAUGGAUGUGCUAGAUGAUACGGCAGAGCUCCGCCGGCUCCAGUCAAUAGCAAGGCGUGAUCUACAACACCUACCAGAUCCUCAGCCCCUCACAUCUCCUCGCUUAUUCCGUCAGUUUCUUAGUUCUCAGCUACUAGAAUUUGACUUCGACUUUCAUUGUACAAGCCAUGAAAUGCAAUUAGUUGCGACCCAAUCAUACCGAGACAACAAUAUCUGUUUUGUUUCAAUUGUUUGUGGUCGGUGUCGCUACCAUUUCCAUAUACGGAGCAACUUCCAUCCUGUUCGGCCCUAUAAUGAUGAGCAUCGCCAUCAUAUGCUCGCCCGCUGUUGCAAAAAGCCUACAGAGAGCCACAAGGAAACCCCAGAAAUCUACGAUGACACAGUUGGCUAUGCCCGGUACAUCUGCGUGGCUGAUAAGUGCCUAUUCAACGUGGAAAUAUCCGUACUGCCUUCUAGGAUUCCACUGGAAGAUGCGGCCAAGUUCUAUGAUCAAGAUAGAGUUGCACGCAAUCUGAUAUCCGUAAAAAAGAACGAUCCAGAACGGUACUUGGACAUGAACGACACAUCGAACCUAAAUUCGGCAGGUAUACUUCGCAGAUACCUGAUAGACUCACUCCAGCACGCUAGCGAGCAACCGUUGAAGAUUAAUAAACGCAACAAGAAAUUCUCGGUAUGUAUGGGUAAUGAUUUCGAUAGCUUGUUGAAAUUUCUAGGAUUUCGCGAAGGAGAAGAUGUCGAGGGUGGUGAGCCAUGUUGGCUCAUUCCUACUCCUGAAAAGGAACAGAACCCGACCCCUGUCCGAACGUUACGAGCUAGGGUGGAAGACGCUCAGGUGGAACUUGAUAUACUGAAUGGCGAAACAACAAUCCCUGCCUGGGAUAAACUGCUACAAGUAUUCCAAGGGGACUUUCCGAAUGGACCUGUCGACGCGAAUAUCUCGAGCGUCACGGAAUCGGACUUGGCUCUGCUGGGCUGUCUAGCAAUGUAUCCGCCUCAAUACUUCAGCUGGGCCGCCAUUCUCCUAGCCGGGUUACGCCCUAGAUAUCGCGAUGAAUAUCUAGAUGCCGCUCUACGCUGCAUCCAGAAUCGCAGCGAUGAUGCAUCGACUGAGAUCAUCAUGUACAGGUCGAGAUUCGAUGAGACAUCCCCUGUCGACAUAAGGGUGCAGGAAGCCUUUGCUUUUUUCAAUGUCUCUCUGCAAGAUAACCUAACGCCGGACUGGUUCUUGACCAAGUACUACGAUAUGGCUAAAUAUGACGGAACUGACGAGUUCAAGGCUCAAGCUCAGCAGCACCUUGAGGCCAUCAGCAGUUAUCUAGGAACGGAUAUCGUGAGCGGGAUCGACCCUACAGCUUCGAAGGCAACAGAAGAGCCAGGACUCAUGACGUCGAUUCCUAAUGGGUCUGGGAGAAGAAUGAGCAUCUCUUCGGCCGCAAAAUUCCUGGGUGUCGAGCUCAAUUGGACAGUAGAGCUUAUUAGGGACUUUGUCCAACAGCUGGUACAGGAUGAGAGUACGAACAAGACUCAAGUCGUCGAAGCUAUCGACGUGCUCUCUGAACUUAAGCGGCAACAAGAUAAGCCUGAAGAGGCUGCAGAACUACAGCAGAUUGCUGAGUUUGUUAAAUUGACGGGAUAUGCACCAAUGCUAGCAUCUCAACCUCAUUCGUCACCAAUACCGGGAAGCUGUACUAGUACACCUCCCGGCCUGAAGAACAUCGGCAACACGUGCUACCUGAACAGCCUCUUACAGUACUUCUAUAACGUGAAGGUUAUACGCGAUAUAGUAUUGAAUUUCGACCUGGUCAAACUUGACCUCGACGAGGAGGCGGUUGGACAACGUCGUACCGGGGGGAACGGUACUAGCGUUAAUCUCGAAGAAGCUAUCGUUGCUAGACAAUUCAUAGAGAUGCUUCAGGGUUUAUUUAGCGACUUACAAACAACUACUGAAGCCGCCGCGCAACCUUCGCAAAAGCUUGCCAACACGGCACUAUCAUCAGCCAGAGAUAUCCUUGACCAACGACCCCAGAAUAUGCCUCCGCCUCCGCCGCUGCCAGCACGCCCGUCACCAGCACCGCCAGUGUUGUCUAAAGAUAACCCCAAUGCAGCGAAUGGAGCGGCUAACGAUGCUGUGAGCAUUACAGUAGAGUCCGUAAAUGAUAAGCUUGAGAUGGCCAGUUCCCGGAGUUCUCAAACGCUAGUUGACGAAGACGUGCCAAUGUCAUACGUCCAAAUAGACACCCCAGAUGACAAGGCCCCCGUUGUGAUAGAGGCUCAAGAAGAUGUCAAGAUGCAAGAUUCGAUUGAAUCUUGGUCCCUUGACGAUAAAAUAGCAGAGGUAUCGCGCCAGCUAGAGCGCUCCGAUAGGUCAGGGACCGAGCAGCAGGACGUGGGAGAAAUUAUCGGCAAUAUACUAGAACAUUUUAUGCGGGCAAUUCGCCCGGACGGCCCCAUGCCGGAGAAGCCAGAUUUGCAAGCAGACAAGAUUACCGAGACAUUCUUCACUACGAUAGUGAAUUAUACCGUCAAGACCAGGAAAGGACACGCGGCUGGCGAUCUGGCUUCCGACCAAGAAGAAAAUACGCUAAACGUCGAGAUUGUUCCAGAGAGAUGGAUUACGGCGUAUCCCGAGGAGGCCAUCCAAGCACCGGCGGGGGCAAACGGUACUACAGGCGAAACAAAUAACGCGCGAUGCACGUUGCUCGCCGCCUUGGAUCGGUACUUUGCUUAUGAAUCCAUCGACGGUGGGGAUCGCGCACGAUAUAGUAGCAUUAGAUCCCUUCCUCCUAUCUUGCAUAUCUGCAUCCAAAGAAGCACACCGAAGGGCAAGAAUAAGAAUCCUGUUAUCAUACCGGAGAUUCUAUGUCUCGAUCGUUAUAUGGAGGCUGAUAAAGGGUCUUCCGUGUGGCUCAGCCGCAAGAAAUCGUGGGCUCUUAAGGAGCGCCUAAAGGAUCUUGAGGCGAAGCCCUUGUGGGAUAUUCCAGAUGGCGCUGGACAGUCGCAACAGUUUGCUGUUAGUGAUGAUCCCAACGCCUGGCCGAAGCUUAACGGUGACGCUGGAACGGAAAGGGAAUUUAAUGACGCAGAUAUGGAAGAUAUGACAGCUAUGGCAGCGUCGGCCGUCGAAAAUGCCACAGAGGACGCACACGUGCAAGAAGCCUUCUUCAACGACUUGGGGCUGAAGCAUAGAUUAUCCGAACCGCUGGAACAUAAGCUGUCAAAGAGGAUAGCUACUACAGAGUCAACAACCGGGUAUUCAUUCGGCGAUAAGUUCGCUGACCUUUCCUGGGAGGCUACUGAACCCCUUGGUGAGAUGAUUAAAGAAGAACUUGCCGACCUUCGUCAGAAGGAGGAGACGAUUUUCGAUGGAAUGGAGAAGGAAAAAUACAAUAUCCACGCGGUGAUUUGCCACCGUGGUGGUACGUCGGCGGGACAUUACUGGGUCUGGAUUCGGGACUUCAAACGCAAUGUCUGGUACCGAUACAAUGACGAGACGGUGACGGAGGAUAAUCGCGGUACGGAGGCCGUGCUAAACGACCUGAACGAGACGGGCGACCCCUAUUACGUUGCAUACGUCCGAGACGAGAUAAAAGACGAGCUGGUGGAUGUGCCCCAGCGCCGCAAGCCCGAGGCUAAUAAUAGCGGCGGCCAGAGCGCGAGUCAGGAUUUUGAGAUGAUUGAGGGUGUAGCGUUCGACCCGGACAAUGUGUUUCCUGCCGAGGAGGGGCAAGCUUCGCAUUAG